AUGCAACGCCGGGCCCGUGGCCGUUCCUCCUACUCGUCGUCGUCGAACGAGACGGUCCUCGAAGCGUGCUCCUCCCCGCCGUCAGGGUACGCUCUAGCUCUUACAGAUGCCGAGCAGGGCAUGUUGCCAUCGCAGACGUCGAUCGUGGCGUUGUCGCGACGCCUUGCUUCCAACCCACCGGAGGCCGCCGGCAGGACAGGUUACAGUCAUAAUGUUGCGAAAGAAAGAACCGUCCCUGGAGAGAAGGAGGCAGAAGAAAUCGAGGGGAACGAUGCACACGGACACGAUGACUCCGAAGAGUCGAUUGAUUGGGACGCGGACUCGGAUCAAGACACCGUUCACAACGCACCUCAACCUCGUCGAGUCGUGAGACGUGCGAUGUUACCACAGACCAUGGGCUUCCACCUGGACUGGUGGAUUGCGCGUGUAGCCACGGCGGCGGUCAAUCUGGACUUCAAAGUUCUGUGUGCCAGUAUGAUGUUGUGGAGGGAGAAGAACGAGGUGCUGCAAAUCCCCACCUCUCGUACGAAAUCCGUACCGCAGACGCUAGGGCAGGAACACGAUUCCUGCGCAAAUUCGCCAUUGUCGCAGAACACCCGGCGGUCACCCUCGCAAGGCCCACUACUCCUCGAAGGUGCGCACCGAUGCUCAACGUCAAUGUUGGACUGGGAUGUUUUGCUGAAAAGCAUCAAGCGAGCGAGCGAGCUGAUGCAUAGGAGCCGCAAGUGGAGGAUCAGAGGAAAGAAGAAUGCCGCAGGCUGGUGUAGGUGGGGGGCUGGACGACGGGUAUUUCACAGAGGCGAAUUCGUCGAGGAAGCCGAGGUUGGAUAUGAGGUAAAAAGGGAGGUGGACGGCCAGACAUGGAUGAUCAAGCUGGGAUACCGGAGGAAUGAUGCGGUAGUGGAGGACAUGGAUCUGGACGGCGGAAUGGAUAGUGCUGAUGAGACUAUUGCUACUGAGCAGGGCGCUGGCGGCGAAGAAGUGCCCCAGGAGACUUUGGACAGCCUUGUAAGAAGCAACAGCGGUGGCGUCGACGUCGUGAUGGGAGAAAGCCCCGGUCGAUGA